AUGGACACCAGCGGGAGUAUAUAUAAGCACUGUGCUCCUGUGUGGGCGGUGGAGUGGCGGCAGACCUUUCACACCCUGCCCGCCCACACUCAUCCUGACGCCCACGACUCUGAGGACACUACCACCACCACCACCACUACCACCACCAAUACUACUACCAACCCUACUACUACAACCACCACCACCCAGGGGUGGCAGAAGGUGGGCAGUCAGGCUCUGGUGUCUGCCUCAGAGGACGGCACGGUCAAGGAAUGGAUCUUCGCCGACAACAACAUUAUCCGCUGUACCACUCUAAUGAAGGUGUGUGUCCCGUCCUGGGUGUCGCUGGAGAUAGCGGGUGGCGUGCAGGAGGUGAUGCAGGGGGGCACGGGACACACUCAGGGGUCGCUGGGUGGCGGCGGGGUCGGCAGUAGUCAGAUUCUGCCUGAAUGUGUGCCCGCCACCACCCUCAAGUUCCGCCUACGAGAUAACACUACCUACCUCGUGGGCACCGUAGCUGGCCACCUGCUGAUGUGUCGCACAUUUGAGCGUCGGGGUAGCGUAGCAGUGUUCCGGGGCCAUACGGGGCUGGUUACUGCCCUCGACUGGCGCCCCGGGCACCCUUCCGACCCCGCCUACGUCUUCCUCUCCGCUGCCCUCGAUGACACCAUCAGGGUGUGGCAUAUGGACAAGAAGGAGCCACACUGUGUCCUCAGGAACCCACAGGUGUUAUCAAGUCCGGACGGAUACGUAGACGCCUGUUGGUGUCCCUGGUAUGGCAAUCUGAUAGCUGGCGUACACGGCGGCGGCCUCCACCUGUGGGACAUCUCUCUCUCCACCCACACGCCCAUCCUCAUCCAGCCACACCCAGGAGCUACCUGCGUUACCUUCAGCCCCCACACCAGGAACAUAGUGGUGGGUGACCGGGAUGGAUCAGUCAAAGUGAUUCACCUGCAGGGUGUGACCGUCUCCACCUCCACCGCCUUCCACCGACUGUCAUCUGUUGUUUCCAGGAUCACGAUGUUAGGAAUUAAGGAGGACGACGAUGAAGACGACGAUGAAGAGGAGUAGGAGUAGGAGUAGUAAGAGGAGGAGGAAGAAUAAGAGGAAGAAAAGCGUCAUAAUACAGUGUGUAAAUAAUACUAAAGACAGACGAAAAAUUGUAAAGAAUAAGAAGAAUGUUGAAUGACAGAGAAGGAAGUAAAGGAAAGUGAAGAAGAAAAGAAGGAACAACACCUACAACAACAACAGUAUCCUUCACAACAAUAUAACAACAGUAACCUGAGCAAUAAUAACAAUAGUAAUAUCCUCAUCAACAAUAACAUUCAAAACAACAAAAAUUCAACGUUAUCAAAAGUAAACAACAUCAAUAACAGGAACACUAUAAACAACAUCAAUAACAGGAACACUAUAAAUAUCAAUAACAGGAACACUAUAAACGCAGCAUCAAGUAUAGUGUCUGGGAAGGAACAAUAAAAAAAUAGUUUACCUUGGUCAUAAAAUUUAACGAAGGUGGUGGCUAUUGGCAAGGGCGCAGACGUUGCUUUUUCUGGGUCUGUUAUCUGUCACUGCUAAGGUCUUCCUUCAUUCUACAGACGAGUAACUCCUACAUUCAUACCUUCUUCACAUUUGACUAUUCUAUUUCACCUUUGACCUUUGACCCUGACGUUUGUCCUAUUUAGUCUCGACUCAUUCACUCGCCCUACCUAUCAGCUCUUGUUAAAAUUAAUGAGUCUUUGAUAUAUCUUGAUGACACAUAAACAUUGAAUUUAUAGUAAUUCCUUCCAUGAACGUAAGGUGACACAGUGAGCUAUUUAUGGUCAAUGUAAAACCUCAAACUACUUUAAUAAAAUAGAGGUGGGAAAUAUUGAUCGUAAUAUGAGAGAAGUGAAUAGAUACAAUCCUACAUUUUGUAUUAAGUGCAAUAACAUACCUGAUUGUUGUACUCGUGUGAUAUGAUAAAUUAUCCGUAUUGUUGUGACUCUUUGGAGGUUAUAUUUACAACAACCUUUAAUGUAGAAUUGUUGUUCCUCUUGUGUUGUUUUCAGCCAUUGUGUGAGUCUUGUCUUGUGUGUUAUAAAUCUCUAAUAAACUGUUUUUUCUUUAAA